UGCCAGGCAUGACUAAUCAAUCCCAGACGGACUUUCGCUCUUUCCGUUUAUCAAGCCCACCACUCUUAUCCACUUCAAGAGUUUGCUUACACAAACGAUCGCCUAUUUGACUGAUCCUGCUCGAACUGCAACAGGAGAUCCGACAUGAUACCUUCAGUUACACUCAACAAUGGAGCAAAGAUGCCUAUCGUGGGUCUGGGAACAUGGAGGUCAGAGCCAGGCAAGGUGACCGAGGCUGUGAAGGUGGCAAUAAGUGCUGGUUACAGGCACAUCGAUGGUGCAUACGUGUACCAGAAUGAAGAAGAAGUCGGGGCUGGAAUUCAUGCGAUGAUUGACCAAGGAGUGGUGAAGAGGGAGGACCUAUUUGUUGUCAGUAAGCUAUGGUGCACCUUCCACCUUCCAUCUCUGGUGAGGGGAGCAUGUGAGAAGACCCUCAGUGACCUAAAACUGGACUACCUGGACCUUUACCUCAUGCAUUUCCCUUGUGGAGCCAAGCCAGGGGAUGAGCUUUUUCCUUUAGAUGAGAAUGGACAAAUAAUUUCUGAUGGCAGUGACUUCUUGGACACUUGGGAGGAGAUGGAAAAGCUGGUGGAUGCCGGGCUGGUCAAGGCUAUCGGCAUCUCCAACUUCAACAAAGACCAGACUGAAGCCAUCCUCAACAAGCCAGGCCUCAAGUACAAGCCUGCCACCAACCAGAUUGAGUGCCAUCCAUUCCUGACCCAGGAGAAACUGAUCAACUACAGCCACUCCAAGGGCAUCUCAGUGACAGCUUACAGUCCCCUGGGCUCCCCUGACAGACCCUGGGCUUCAUCUGACGAACCCUCUUUGCUGGAGGAACCAAGGAUCAAGGUCAUUGCUAACAAGUACAAGAAGACUCCAGCACAGGUUCUUAUGAGAUUCCACAUCCAGAGGAACGUGAUUGUUCUUGCGAAAUCAGUGACACCCAGUCGAAUCAAGGAAAAUUUCCAGGUGUUUGACUUUGAGUUGAGUGAAGACGACAUGAAGGCAAUACUGAGCAUGAACAAUAAUUGGAGGGGAUUCCCACUACCAUGGGCCUCAAAACACAAAGACUUUCCCCUGAAUGCAGAAUACUAACUCAUCAGACAACAUGCUUCCUGACUAAAGUGAUUAUCAGAACAGUCUGAGAGUCAUUAUUUGUACUUCCUUAGUUUGUAGUGGACCAGAUGCUUGCAAGUCAAAGAAUUAAUUCAAUGACCAUACUUAACACAGUGCUGAACAAAAUCUUUUAUGCAUCCUGUUUCAUGAGGAUAUAGCAAAAUAAAAGUGUGGGGAAACACCAGACGUGGUGUAAAAUAGUCUGUGGGUUGCUCAGGUUGAAAAUGAUCACAAUAAAUGCUAUGAAGCCAAUUAAGCAGGCUUCUCAUCGUGGCAAAUUAACCUUAUGAAGAAGGUUGGGGGGAUAUCCUGUGGACAGAAGUUCACAUUUUAGCAAUAAAGCAGGAUUUGUACAGUGUUUGUAAUUUGCUAGUCCUGUUUCUCUGACAUACUUAUACUGCCUAAUCCUGCAUUUCUUCAUGUUUUUGAAGUAUUUUCAGUACCUAACGAAAUUUGAUUUGCCUUUCUGCAUGAAGUUUGGUAUAUAAAUAAAUUUGCUUUGCCAGUAA